AUGAACAAAACAUACAAUGACGCUAGGCAAAGCAAUUGCAAAAGACUACGAGGAUCCCAAUUUAGCCAGCAAUGGCAACUUCACAAGCAAUGGUCCGGGUUGCUUUUUGGGGCGUCUGUCAUCUUCAACGACCUGCCGUCGUACCAUGAAGACCUCUCCGAGCUAGCAGAGGCACAGCGGUCGCCGGCAGCUGCCACGCGCAAGUCGAGUAACAAAUUGACCUCGGUGCUCGCUGCGGGUAUGCGUGCGUUUGUGUACCAGGUGCAAGCGUUCUACCUCCGUACCCCGGUGAAAUUGUUCCGGCCGUCGAGGUUCGACUAUAUGGCGUAUGUGCGGGCGUUUCUGGAACGGCUAGACAAUCUCCUGGAGAAGCCGUACCGGUUCCGCACCCAUUCAAACUUGGGGAUGCUCGUCAAUGUGAUUCGCAAGGAAGGGUGGAAGUUCAUCCCGGACCAGGUGUUGCCUCCGCUUGUAGCGAACUCGGCCACGGGGAUCAUCUUGUACGCCACCUAUUUGACGACGUUGGACCACUACACCAAGAAGCGAGGCCUGGACAAGCCGGUGCUCUUCAACUGGUAUGCGCCGUUUGACACUUGGAGAGCGGGGUUUGUUGCUGGGGCCGCGCAGAGUCUCGCGGCUGCUCCCGUCGAUGCGAUAUAUACGCGGUCGUCCGUCGCGGAGAUGUUGGAGGGCGAGCACGGCAACUUGUGGCGGUUCGGGAUCAACAAGUUGAAAGAGGUUGGGCUUGUUGGUGUGUUUGCCGGGUACGGGUUCUCGCUAAUCAAGGAGAGUUUCGGGUUUGCCUUCUACUUUUCGACGUUUGAAACCGUCAAGACCCAGGGCUACAACAUCACCUAUCGGCUAAUUAAGUUUUUUCACGAUUCAGAAGACGCGAUAAAGAAACAGCUACAGGUGUGGUUCAAGUGGGAUCGGGAGCAAGUCGAUGAAAAAUUGCAGAAGUUGGAGAGGUACCGACUGGCCAAGAUCUUGAAAUCGUCGUUUGUCUUGCUUGCUGGUGCGUCUGCGGCCGCUGCGCUCUUGGCGAUCCAGUACCCCAUCACCAAAGUGCAAAAGAUUCACCUCUCGCGACUUGAAGCGUUGGAUUUUUACAACUCGUCAACGUGGCGAGAGCGGCCUUUUUUCAAAUUGUACUACAACUCCUACAUCGACACUUUCAACCAAGUGUUGAGGAUGAAACGCAGAGCCAACAUCACUUGGUUCCAGGCCGCAUACAGCGGGUUUUUCCGAAACGCAUUGACAACCAUCCCGGCAACUUCGAUUGCAUUGCUUGUGUUUGAAAUAACGAGAACCCGACUAGCGGACAGUUUUGAUGAUUAUGAAAUCCUCGAUGCAUGA